AUGGCUACAGCCCCACCAGGUGCCCCUGCAGAGCCAGCAGCUCCCAAAAAUAAAAGGCAACUAGACCGUCCACAGACUGAGGAAGAACUAGCGUUUUAUGCUCGGAAUCACUUAAUCAUGACGAUCUGUGCAGUGAUUCUUUUCCCACCCUUUGGAUUGGCAGCCCUCUACUUCAGCCGCCAGACCGACGAGGCCAAUAAGUGCAGCGACUGGGAAGACGCGUAUAUCAACUCAACUCGAACUAUAUGGAUGGAUGUAUUCGCCAUUCUCAUGGGUUUAGCCCUCAUCUACACAUAUGUCCUACUUAUAUGA